AUGUGUGAUGAAGAUGAGACCACUGCCCUUGUGUGCGAUAAUGGUUCCGGUCUGGUGAAAGCAGGCUUUGCAGGGGAUGAUGCCCCCAGGGCCGUGUUUCCCUCCAUCGUGGGCCGUCCCCGUCAUCAGGGCGUCAUGGUGGGUAUGGGGCAGAAAGACUCCUAUGUUGGGGAUGAGGCACAGAGCAAGAGAGGUAUCCUGACCCUGAAAUACCCCAUUGAGCACGGCAUCAUCACCAACUGGGAUGAUAUGGAAAAGAUCUGGCACCACACUUUCUACAAUGAGCUGCGUGUGGCCCCUGAGGAGCACCCCACUUUGCUCACUGAGGCCCCCCUCAACCCUAAAGCCAACCGUGAGAAGAUGACCCAGAUCAUGUUUGAGACCUUCAACGUGCCUGCCAUGUACGUGGCCAUCCAGGCUGUGCUAUCCCUGUAUGCUUCUGGCCGUACUACUGGUAUUGUGCUGGACUCUGGCGAUGGUGUCACCCACAAUGUGCCCAUCUAUGAGGGUUACGCCCUGCCACAUGCCAUCAUGCGCCUGGACUUGGCCGGCCGCGACCUCACCGACUACCUAAUGAAGAUCCUUACAGAGCGUGGCUACUCUUUCGUGACCACAGCUGAGCGUGAGAUUGUGCGUGACAUCAAGGAGAAGCUGUGCUAUGUGGCCUUGGACUUUGAGAACGAGAUGGCAACUGCCGCUUCCUCCUCCUCACUGGAGAAGAGCUAUGAGCUGCCAGAUGGACAGGUCAUCACCAUUGGCAACGAGCGCUUCCGAUGCCCAGAGACUCUCUUCCAGCCUUCCUUCAUUGGCAUGGAGUCUGCCGGCAUCCAUGAGACCACCUACAACAGUAUCAUGAAGUGCGAUAUCGACAUUAGAAAGGACUUAUACGCCAACAACGUCAUGUCUGGAGGCACCACCAUGUACCCAGGGAUUGCUGAUCGCAUGCAGAAGGAGAUCACAGCACUGGCCCCCAGCACGAUGAAGAUCAAGAUCAUUGCUCCACCUGAACGCAAGUACUCCGUGUGGAUUGGAGGCUCCAUCCUGGCCUCUCUGUCCACGUUCCAGCAGAUGUGGAUCACCAAACAGGAGUAUGAUGAAGCUGGCCCCUCCAUCGUGCACCGCAAAUGCUUCUAG